GUGGUUACCAUCAAGGACAUUCGAGUCAUCUGGUUGGUGUCAGAGGCGUUCAAAACACAGUGUUAUUUUUUUGAAUUUUAUUACUAAAAGAAAUCAAAAUGUGUGCGAAAAUGGCAUUUCAACACCAAGCUGGAACGGCUAUGGAGUGUUUGAGUAUACCUAUAACGCUACAUAAAGAGGUCGACGGGGAUACGAUGCGCUGCGGCUUUAAAAUUGGUGGAGGAAUCGACCAAGAUUUUCACAAGAGCCCUCAAGGAUACACUGAUAACGGGAUUUACGUUACAGAAGUACAUGACUCAAGCCCCGCCUCUAAAAGUGGUUUAAGAGUGCACGACAAAAUUUUGCAGUGUAAUGGGUACGAUUUCACCAUGGUCACCCACAAAAAGGCGGUCAGUUACAUUAAGAAACACCCGGUGUUGAAUUUACUAGUGGCCAGGAAAGGCGUCACAUCAACAUAAUCACUUAAAUUUACACUAAGUUUACUUUUAAUUUGUUCCAGUUACCAAUAAUUCCAAUAUUUUAAGUGAUUUAGACUUAAGUAAGUCUUAAUGUAAGAUUUAUAUGUUUGGAUAUCAAAUCUAGUGGAUUUCAGUUUAUGGCAAAGUGUUGUUACAUUAAUUAUAGGGCUAUUUGAAGUUUUUAUUUGAAAAGUCUAUGUGAAGUGUUAGUGGCUAGUUGCUAAGGAUAUAUUUUCAGUCAGUAUUGCAAAUGGUAGCACUGCAUCAAUGUCUACUUGCUUAAAUGGAUUGCAUUCAGCAUUUAGUCGCUCAAUAAUUAAAAAAUCUAUUUGCAAA